AUGGCCCGGCUGAUUCAGGCGGAACGCGCCAAAGCAAAAGCUGACAGCGUCGACCACUCCCACUGCCCGUGCGCAGGGGGCUCCACUCUGGCAGAAACGAUCGAAGAUGAUCUCAUCUCCCGCCGAUCGAAGGCUCCACCCGCCGUUGCAACGAUCGCGAUGGAACAAUACCACCCAGAGAGCACCACUACCGAAGUGCUCCGGUACUGCGGUACAGGGCAAGUGUGGCUGGCCAGCGCCGUUUCCUUUCGUCACUUGAGGUUGCGCUGUCGCCCGCCCCUGGUGGAUUUGACCAGCUCGUACUACCGUGUCCGCCGUCCCAACCGGCUGGAACCUCUCCAUCCACGCCGCAUCGGGAUCCGAGACGUCCAUUGA